GAAUAGAGGAUCUACAAAAAGGAGACACUUUGACAUUCUUCUGGAAAUCAUAUUGUCAUUUCCCAGAUUUAGAGGAAGGAAAAGCUUACAUGAUUAUUGGAAAAGAUGGUCACAAAUUCUAUGAUGGUGAAAAUGAAAGGUUCCGGUAUCCAUUAAUGGGAAAAACAUUAGUCAUGGAGUACAUAAGCCCACAGCAGUUUAGGCAAAAUAGUGAGAAAUAUAGGACACUUUACACGGCCCAGACCAAUUUCAAACGCCUGAUAUCACGUGGUUGUAGACACUAGAACUACAGCACUGGAAAGAAACAUCGACUGUUGUUUUUGAACUGAAUUCUUUAUGAUCUGUUUUGCUUGUGGACGAAUAAGAACAUUUAUUGAUACAUGAAACAAUUCUUCUGUAAUUAAAGCAAAUAUACGUGUAUAUAUAAAA